AUAGGAAUAUUUUUAAUUUAUCAAGCGGCGGGAUGGUGCUUUCGAAGAAUGCCGAAAAGAAGAUUCACAAGAAAAUCAAACGGUGCCAGGUGCUGAUAGCUCGCGAAACGGAACUGGAAUUCAGCGAUUUGCCAACAGAGUACAUUGUGAUUUGCAACGCCGGUCUUUCCACCGGUCUCCAGCAGGAAGUGCUUCUCGAGGAAGUUCUCCGUUAUGGAUCGACGUCAGUAGAAGAUAUAGCUUUCCCAACCGGCAAGUCCUACUGCUAUCUUCGCUUCGAAUCCGCUCAAGCAUCCCAAGCGGUGUAUGACUCCAUGAAUGGAAUCGCUACCCUAGGACAGGAUGGAUGCGUCCUACUAAUGUCGUACUGUCGUGGACUUCCAGCGGGUGGUAGUGAUUCUAAAGAACAUGCCCUGCCGGCAGGUCUGAUACUGAUUGCAGACUUUCUCAACGAAGCUCAGGAAACGAAGUUAUUGGAAGCGAUUGAUUGGGAGCAGGAAGAAGAAGUCAAUAGUAGCUUGAAACAUCGUCGGGUAAAACACUUUGGCUAUGAGUUUCUCUAUGGAACGAACAACGUAGAUAGGAGUAAGCCUUUACAAAGGAAGAUUCCUUCCGUAUGCGAACAAAUGUGGGUGAAAUUGAAGGAACUUUAUCCAGACCUUGGAUGGCACGUCCCGGAGCAGUUGACGGUUAAUCGAUACGAACCAGGACAAGGCAUUCCACCGCACGUUGAUACGCAUAGUGCUUUUGAGGAUCCAAUCAUUUCGCUUUCCCUCGGAAGUGAUAUAGUAAUGGAUUUUCGGGACACCACAGGACAACACUUGAAUGUGGAUUUGCCCCGAAGAUCUCUGCUCGUAAUGUCCGGCGAAAGUCGAUACGGAUGGACUCAUGGCAUAACGCCGAGAAAGAUGGAUACGGUAAGGUUGAAUGAUAGCCUAACAAUUAGGAAACGUGAACAAAGGGUAUCGUUUACGUUCAGAAAGCUGAAUGACGGCCCUUGCCGUUGCCGGUUUAGUUCUCUGUGUGAUACGUAUCAACAAGAAGCGAAGGAUAGAGCUGAUCGUAUCAAAGAGAACGCUGCCCAAUUGGAGCUGGAGAAUGUUCAUAAGGUUUACAACGAAAUCGCAAAGCAUUUUAGCGAAACGAGGCACUCACCGUGGCCACGAAUUGCAGGGUUCUUGGAAUCGCUUAGUCCCGGGUCCGUCCUGCUGGACGUUGGAUGCGGUAAUGGUAAAUACCUGGGGUUGAAUCCUCAGAUCAUCAGCUUGGGUUGCGAUCGAAGCGACGGAUUAUUGAAAGUUUGCACCGAACGUGGCUUCAAUGUGGUACAAUGCGACUGCCUAGCGUUACCUUUUAAAACGGCAUGUGCGGAUGCUUGCAUCUGCAUAGCCGUUAUCCAUCACCUGGCAUCGCUGGAACGUCGUAGGCAAGCGAUUGGGGAAAUGUGUCGAGUACUUCGCCCAGGAGGACAGGCACUGAUUUACGUUUGGGCCAAAAAUCAAGAAGCCAAUGCGAAAAAAUCAAGCUAUCUACGGCAGAACAAGCACAACAAUAAACCACCGCGGGAGGGUGAGCCGGAGAAGGUGGUUCCGAUUGAACAUGGCGACGGGGAAUCGGUGUUGCCAAUUCACACCAACAGGACGCAGUUCCAGCAUCAGGAUUUGCUUGUUCCUUGGAAGUUGCGUGACGUAGAACGGCAGCAGCAGGAAGCGAAGGUAACUUUUCUAAGGUAUUACCAUGUGUUCGAGGAAAAGGAAUUAUCCGAAUUGUGUUUGGAGGUGGGAGGGAUUAGCGUAGAGGAUAGUUACUACGACCAGGGGAAUUGGUGUGUUAUUUUUAGAAAACAAUGAAUAUUUAGACCAUUAA